AUGGCAUCGACAACAUUAACUCCCGUCAAUCCAAAACCGAGACGAGUUUGUUUCUCCUUCUCUGCUUACGCCAAGAACGUAAUCGAUCAUCUAAAAGCAUGCAGGAUUCCUGUAACCGAUGGCCUCACGGACUACGAAUUCUCCUCGGUCGAGGCGUCCUUCGGCUUCACCUUCCCUCCCGAUCUCCGUUCCAUUAUUCGUGAAGGACUACCGGUAGGUCCCGGGUUCCCCAAUUGGCGAUCGUCGUCGUUUCAGCAGCUCCAGAUUCUCAUCAAUCUUCCCAACUUAGGAAUUUGCAAAGAGAUCUCCAAAGGGACGUUCUGGUGCCGAUCUUGGGGUGACGAGCCCGAUAACCCCGACGAAGCCUUGGCCCUGGCCAAGCAGUUAAUGGAAAAGGCUCCCGUACUUGUUCCCAUUUACAGAAACUAUUACAUUCCCUCCACGCCCAGUCUCGCCGGAAAUCCGGUCUUCUUCAUCCAAGAUGGACAUUUCCGGUACUCUGGCUUCGACGUCGCCGGAUUCUUUCAGCAAGUUGAAUUCCGGCCGCUGAAUUCAUCUAAGGUGGAGGCCCCGGCUUGGGCAGCCAAGGCCGCGAGGUGGAUUGCGUUCUGGUCGGAUUUGGUGGAGAACGGCACGUGUAGUAAGAGAGAUUACACGUGCGGGUGGGGGAACGGCAACGGCGUGCUGUACAAUUGCUUCAAGGAGGUGAGUUCGAGACUGAGGGAGGGUGGGUGGACUGAAGAAGAAGUGAGAGACAUGAUGAUGAUGAUGAUGGACGGAGAGGAUGAUCGGGAGCAGCGACGUGUGGUGGUUCUGGAAGACAGAGAGAGCGUGGAGUUGCACGUGCGGUUUCUGUCCCUUACGUUACUUCGAGCCGGGUGGAGCAGCGACGACGUGGUCUACUCGUUUGGGUUUCAUGACGAUGGCUGCAUCCCAUGA